CAGCCAAGGCAGUCAUGAAGGCAUCGGUUGUCGUAGCGGCUUUGGUGGCGAUCGCCCGGGCGGCGCCUCAGGACGGCUACAACUACGCGGCGCCGGGCGACGGCGCGGGUGGCUCCGGAUCUGGCGGGUAUGGCGGGUCGGGAGGCGCAGGAGGAGGCAGUGGAGGGGGUGGAUUUGGCGGCGGAGGAGGAAGUGGAGGGGGUGGAUUUGGCGGCGGAGGAGGAGGUGGCGGAUUUGGCGGCGGCGGAGGAGGAGGAGGCGCAGGAAGCGGUGGAGGGGGAGGAGGACAAUACGAUGGUUCAGGAUUCGCUCCGGCGCAGUACACCUUCAAGUGGGACGUGAACGAUGCGGCUUCUGGUAACUUCUACGGCCACGAGGAGCAGAGGGACGGCGUCAACACUCAGGGAAGCUACUACGUGCAGCUCCCCGACGGCCGCCUCAUGAGGGUCGAGUACUACGUGGACGACUGGGGCUUCCACCCCACCAUCACGUUCGAGGGCGAGGCGCAGUUCCCGACCGGCCCGGGCGGCACGGGCGGCCCAGGAAGGCCAGGAGGGCCAGGAGGACCAGGAGGUCCAGGAGGUCCAGGAGGUCCAGGUGGACCAGGCGGGCCAGGUGGGCCCGGAGGUCGUCCCGGAGGCGGAGGAGGUCGCCCAGGAGGAGGAGGAGGAGGAGGAGGCCGUCCCGGCGGAGGACAAGGACCAACCACGCCCACGCAGCUCUACGGCACGCCCACCAAGUGAGGCGCCGAGAGGGCAGGCUCGGCAGAUGGCCCUUUCCACUCCGGAGCCUCGUGGCUUUCGCUCCUGUGAUGUCUUUAGUGCUUGGCGUUUCACAUUUUUAUGUUAUGUUUGUUGGUGUUGUUGUUGUCAAAGGCUUUCGUUUUUAUACUUUUGAUAGAUCCGAUUUAGAGCCAUACCUUUGUGUGCAGAGUUGUGAGGAUAUGAAAAUAAAGUUGUUAACUAAAAUU